AUGUUAGAUGAGGAGCAGCUUAUCAGGGUUGGCGGUCGACUUAAAAACCCUCCGAUUCCUUUCGACCGAAAGUAUCCCAUCUUGCUACCGAAGAAUCACGUGUUCACGGAACUUCUUUUCCUCGAUACUCAUGAAGAUACAUUGCAUUGCGAACCGACGCAUCUGCUAGCAGCUGUUCAUCGUCGUUAUUGGUCUAUAGGUGGCCGCAACAAGGCUCGUUCAGUAGUUCACAAAUGUCUCACGUGCUUCAGGAACAAACCAACGUUCGCACAGCAAGCAAUGGCCGAUCUUCUAGCAGUACGGGUCACUCCGUCCCGUCCAUUUGCCAACAUUGGUGUUGAUUUUUUAGGGCCAGUCUACAUCAAACCUUGUAGAGAGUAG